AUGGGCGUUACCAAGACCGUUAUUACCGAGGGCUCCGGUCCCAUCCCCAAACCCGGCCAAACUGUCACCAUUGAGUACACUGGCUGGUUGAAGGGUCCCAAUGGCGAGAAGGGCGCCAAGUUCGACAGCUCUGUUGGCCGAGGCCCCUUCGUCACCCGUAUUGGUGUUGGCCAGGUCAUUAGGGGAUGGGAGGAAGGUGUCACCCAGAUGAAGGUUGGAGAGAAGGCCCUCCUUGACAUCUCCAGCGAUUUUGCCUAUGGUGAACGUGGGUUCACUGGCCACAUCCCCCCCAAUGCUGACCUUCUCUUCGAGGUUGAGCUCAAGAAGGUCGCUUAA